GCAAACUGAGAGGGGGGCAGGGAAAGGGGGUCAGCGACUAGUCCCGGUGAGGGGGGAAGCGCUAGAAAGGGACUGGAGGGAAGCUCAAAGGAGGCAGAGAGAGGGUGGGGAGGAGAAGGAGGAAAGGGGGCAGAGGGAGGAGGAGGGAAGGGGGGAAGGAGAGAGGAGGAAAAGGGAGAGGAGAAGAGGAGGCGGGGAGGAGAAGAGGCGAGAAAGGACAGGGAGGAGGGGGAGGAGAGAGGUGGCGGGGGCGAUGCGGGGUUCCUGGCUGCCAGGCACAGGCUAGACGAGUGCCCUCCCUUAAGAACUGGGCGGGAAGCGGCCUCGGGGACCCGGCUUAGGAGGAAGAGAGGUGGCGCUACCGGAGAGAACAGGGAACGGAGCUGGGGGCGGACGGGAGAAGGAGCCGGUUGUUGGCAGCAGCCGCGACCGGGCUGCGGGCUGCCGCUGGGGACCGAACGGAGGACCCGGGCAGUUGCCGUUUUCUAAAGGGGCACCUGGCGCUCCACUCUCUCUCUUUCCCUGCGCUUCCCUGCUCGCUCCCGGCCAGCAUCGCGGUCCCCUUCGGCUCCUUAGCCCGCUCUUCUCCCCAUCCUUCUGGUCUCCCACUCCCGGAGACUGGGGUUGCCUCCCCUGCCAGCCGCGCUACCUCCGGCUUACCCCAGCAGCUCGCUAGCAAGCAAGCUCCCGAGCCUAAGCUUAGUCGUGCCCUUCUGGGGAUGUGCCAGUAACCCAGGUUUCCCGAGCCCCCAGAGAACCCCAAGGAUGGGACACCGCCCUCACCUCUUGACUGUCCAGAUCCUUCUUCUGUGGCUCACACCAGUCUCAGCUUCGCUCCAGGAUCAGUACUGUGAGAGCCUCUCCUUAGUCAACAACAUCACUGGGCUCCAAUGCAAUGCCUCCAUUGAUCUCAUUGGGACCUGCUGGCCUCGGAGUGCAGCUGGUCAGCUCGUGGUUCGGCCCUGUCCUGCCUACUUCUAUGGAGUUCGCUAUAACACUACAAACAAUGGCUACCGGGAGUGCCUCGCCAACGGGAGCUGGGCGGUACGAGUCAACUAUUCCCAGUGCCAAGAGAUCCUCAAUGAGGAGAGAAAAAGUAAGCUGCACUACCAUAUUGCUGUCAUUAUCAACUACCUGGGCCACUGUAUCUCCCUUGGAGCCCUCCUCAUGGCCUUUGUCCUCUUCAUGCACCUAAGGAGCAUCCGGUGCCUUCGGAACAUCAUUCACUGGAACCUCAUCUCUGCUUUCAUCCUACGCAAUGCUACCUGGUUUGUGGUACAGCUCACCAUGAGCCCUGAAGUACACCAGAGUAAUGUGGGCUGGUGCCGGCUCGUGACAGCGGCUUACAACUAUUUUCAUGUUACCAACUUCUUUUGGAUGUUUGGAGAAGGCUGUUACCUACACACAGCCAUUGUGCUCACCUACUCUACUGACAAGCUUCGAAAGUGGAUGUUUAUCUGUAUUGGCUGGUGUGUGCCUUUCCCCAUCAUUGUGGCCUGGGCCAUCGGGAAACUGUACUAUGACAAUGAGAAGUGCUGGUUUGGAAAGAGGGCUGGAGUGUACACUGACUACAUCUACCAGGGUCCCAUGAUUUUGGUCCUGCUGAUCAACUUUAUCUUCCUCUUCAAUAUUGUCCGUAUCCUCAUGACUAAGCUCCGGGCUUCAACCACUUCAGAGACCAUUCAGUACAGGAAAGCUGUGAAAGCCACUCUUGUGCUGUUACCUCUUUUGGGUAUCACAUACAUGUUGUUCUUUGUGAACCCUGGGGAGGAUGAGGUCUCUCGAGUUGUCUUCAUCUACUUCAACUCCUUCCUGGAGUCCUUCCAGGGUUUCUUCGUAUCUGUCUUCUACUGUUUCCUCAACAGUGAGGUUCGCUCAGCUGUGCGGAAAAGGUGGCAUCGGUGGCAAGAUAAACAUUCAAUCCGUGCUCGAGUGGCGCGAGCCAUGUCCAUCCCUACCUCCCCUACCCGAGUCAGUUUCCAUAGCAUCAAGCAGUCAACAGCUGUCUGAGUGGAAUGGGGAACACAGGGGUGGAGGAUGGAGAUGCCAAAAGGAACAGAAAGGAAUCUAACUUUGGUUAUUGGGAGGAGUGCAUCAUUCAAUAUGCUCUCCCUACUGCCUCUCAUGUCUGACUCUUCCUAACCUGUGCAGGAAAACAGUUCCCUCCUCCAACUUUGGCAUACUCCAGUACUUGCAUGGGAAAUGUUGAACCCAUGAGACCCAGACAGAGGUGGGAAACUGGUGAAAAGCAUAUAAGAGGUGGAUGGGGAAAUAGGGUCCUCCAGAAGACCCUGGAACUCUGAAGGCUGCUGAGUCUUAGACAGGAAUAAUGACUUAAUUUGCUCUUCUGUGCUCCUUGUCUGCUCUUUGGACCAACCUACCUGAGGGUCAGGAUGGAACAUUAAAAGCACAUGGACAAUGAAAACUAGUGGCCUAUAUUGUCAUCUUGGAGCACAAUGUGGCUCUCCACUUAGGAACCACAGGACUGGAUGGUUGGCAUCAGCCUUAAAGAUGUCACCAGUUGGUACUAGCGCAUCUACAUGAAUUUCUUCAUGAAAAUAAUUGUGACAUACUCAUAAGGACACAUGGAGAAACCAUAAUAUUGUCAAUAGAAUUCCUCACAAUGAUUUUAUCUUUGUGAUGAUGUCACAGCUACAUCAUUAGAAAGUCCACCAUGAACCAUGGCCACAUCUUCAGAACCCAUGAUGACAUCAACAAGAAUGAGGCAAUGUCAUUGAAAACCAUAAUUUUAUCAGGAACCUAGGCAUUCCCCACCAGAAAUUACUUUGCCAUCAUUCCUUACUCAUGACUCACUUGUCUCUGACUCACUAUAACAAGAGGGGCAGGUGGCUCGAGUGGUAUGACCCUUCCUUAACUGGGGAAGGAAAAACUAUUUUCUGCCUGAGGACUCUGCUACCCCUGAAAUCUAUGACUAUAGAGAUCAUUUCUGUAGGGUAACAAAAAGACUCACCCCGACACAUGCAACUUUCACUCAGACAUCUCUUUUUGAGUCGCUUUGUGGACAUGUAUCAUGAAGUUGGGAAAAUGGCUGGAGUAUCAAGAUUGCUAGUGAUAUCUCUGGAUUCAACACAAAGACCUUAAACUGUUGGCAUUUUCUAAGGGCAGGAGGAAAAGUAAAGAGGGUGUGCCUGUGGAUAUGUUUGUGCUCGUGUGUGUGUGUGUGUGUGUGUGUGUGUGUGUGUGUGUGUGUGUGUGUACACAGGAGAGAACUUUGAAUACUACAGCCAUGGGCAGAAAGGGAGUUCCCUGAAUGGUCCCUGUCAGUGGCUCCCUGUCAGUGACUCCCUGUCAGUGGCCGAGGGGGGUCCGCCUGGAAAAGGUGGUUGGAGUCAGAGAAGAUAUAGGUGUGAACGAUAGGAAGGUGUCCAGAUAGAAAAGGCUAAAAAAACUAUUCACAAUUAUGGUUCCCUUUGAAAGUGGAAAUAAAUAAACAAUGUUAUCACAUAAUAACCAUGUGAGGAGGGAACAGCACCUAGAAAGGCCAAUGAGGGGCAUUUGGGAGAGGGGAGACACAUCACAGAAAGAACACUGAACCCUGGCCUGUCCCACCCACUCCAUGAAGUUUAACCACUGCAAGUAUAGGGUGAGAUGUAGAAAGGCCAGAGGAAUAGGAGGAACAUGUGGGAGGUAAGUGUGUGGGAAGAACAGAAGUGAUGAGAGAACCUCUUAUUCAAACUGGGGCAGAGGGCUUCACAGAAAUAUGAUGGAAGAAAAUGAGAAGCUGGAUAAUGGGUCCCUACUGACAAAGGAGGAACAUGAAAUGACUAAUGAGUCUCAACGGCCAAAGCAGUAAAAUAAUUUUCAGCUUUGCCUUCCACCAAAGGAAGGGAGCUGGGAAAUUUUGAAAAUUAGGUUUGGGUUGGGGAGGGGCAAGAAGUAGAGGGGGGUAGGCAAAGGAAAAGGCAGAAAGGAAGAGGAGUGGAAAGAGGAUAUAAGAAUGGUAGGAAAACUAUUGAGAAAUCUACUUUGCCUGGCCAGGCAGAGAAGGGAGAUUUCUCUACCAAAUCAGAGUCUCAGGAGGAGGUCCCCUAUCUCCAGGGUCCCAAGGUCCAGGACAAUGGUCUUGAAGUGCUUAUGGCAGGUUAGGUGCUUCAUCCUAUGGGAAUCAAUCAAUACGGAGUUUGCCAGUCACUAAAAUUUAUUAAGCACUUUCUGUGUGCCUGACACUUUGUAAAGUGCUGGAGAUGACAAAAGCAAAAACAGAAUGGUCUCUGCCCUAAAGGAGCUCACAUUUUAAAGAAAAAGAUAGACUAAGAGGCUGUCACAACAGAUAGGCUAAGGAAGAAGCUAUAUAUUGGCUCCUAAAGGAGGUCCUCCUUCAUGGCCAACUGGACUGACAAACAUUUUUAAGAGCAUUUAUUGAUCCCAGCCCUGUCCAAAGUGCUGAAGCAUGGGAUGGCCUAAGGCAGUGAUGGCAAACCUAGGGCAUGGGUACCAAAGAUGGCACACAGAUUGUUCUCUGUGGGCACAGAGUCACCCCGCCCCAGUGUGUUACUAAAAAGGCAGAGGGACUAAGACAGAGCUGCUCCAUUCCCCCUCUCCAUUGUGCCUGAGAACAUUUUUUUCACAUUCCUCACCCUCUGCCCAGCAGCCCAAUGGGAGUACUUCCUCCCUCCCCUAUGUUGGGUAAUGGGUGGGGCAGGCCCAUCACUUGGUGUGGGGGAGGGGCAUGGCACUCAAUCUGAGGGGUGGGGGUGGAGCCCGGCAUUCUGUAUCUAAAAAAUUUGCCAUCACUGGCUAAGGGAUAAAUGAAGUAAAAGCUUUCUCCAGACUCCCAGCCAUUUGGGGUACAAAAGUUUAGGGAGACAAGAUUGUUGACUCAAAAACGCUUUGUAAAUCCUAAAACCCUUUAUCAAUGUCAGCCAUUGUAAUUAGGUGAAAUCCAUGAACAAGGGAUUUAGAAAGGUUAAGGCUAUUUGUUAAGCAGUGGAGGAUCCCUGGGAAGUGGUCAACUAUUGUUGGAAGCCAUAAGUGAGAUACAGAGCUGGGAGGCACCUUCUAGCCCUACCUCUUCCUUUACUCAUGAGGAGACCAAAAACCCAGAGAGGAAAAGUUUGCCCAAAGAUAUGGUAGCAGGAUCAGGAUCCUAUCUCAGGUCCUCAGAUUCUAAAUUCAAUGUUCUUUCUACAGUACAUUGAUUCAUCCCGAAGGUUACUGAGAUGCCUGUCUUUCAGAAUUCCUACAAGGAGCCUGAAUUGACCUUUGAAAACCCUUCUAGUUUUUAAGUCUGUCAAUAGUAGUGCAAGGUAUUAGAAGUACACCUGAAGGCAGCUAGUUGGCACAGUGGAUAGAAUGCUGGACCUGGAGUUAAGGAGACCAGAGUUCAAAUUCUGCCUCAAAUACUUAUUGUGUGAUUCUGGAUAAGUCACUUAACCUUCAUUUUCCUCAAUUUUCUCAUCUAUAAAAGGGAGAUAAUAAUAGCACCUAUCUCCCAGGGUUGUGAAGAGUAAAGAAGAUAAUAUUUGUAAAACAUUUUGCAAACCUUAAAGCACUCUAUAAAUGCUAGCUAUUCUUGUUGCUA